CAGUCAACAAAGUGAAGCGGGCUGGAAGGACCACGAAGGAGAUCGGCUGAGUUGUGUAUUAACAUUUUAAGUGUUUUUAGGUUUGUUAUAUGAUCAAAAUGAGGAGGAUCAUUUUACUGCUGCUUCUCUGCCACGCUGUGUCUGCAGUGACUCACUCCCUGAAAUAUUUCUACACUGCCUCCACUGGAGUCCCAAACUUCCCAGAGUUUGUGACUGUUGGGUUGGUUGAUGAAGUUCUGAUAAGUCACUAUGACAGCAACACCAGGAGAGCAGAACCCAAACAGGACUGGAUGAGCAGAGUCACGGCAGAUGAUCCUCAGUACUGGCAGAGACAGACUGAGGGAUUAAUGGGUACCCAGCAGACCUUCAAAGCCAACAUUGAGAUUGCAAAGCAGCGCUUCAACCAAACUGGAGGUGUCCACAUUCUCCAGAUGAUGUAUGGCUGUGAGUGGGACGAUAAGACUGGAAACAUCAAUGGUUUUAAUCAGUAUGGUUAUGAUGGAGAAGACUUCAUAUCACUGGACCUGAAGACAGAGACAUGGAUUGCUCCUAAUCUACAGGCUUUCAUCACCAAACACAAGUGGGACAGUGACAAAGCUGAUAUAGCUUACAGGAAGAAUUACCUCACUCAGAUUUGUCCUGACUGGCUGAAGAAGUAUGUGGACUAUGGGAGGAGCUCUCUGCUGAGAAAAGAGCUUCCCUCAGUGUCUCUCCUCCAGAAGUCUCCCUCCUCUCCAGUCAGCUGCCACGCUACAGGUUUCUACCCAAACAGCGCCAUGAUGUUCUGGAGGAAAGACGGAGAGGAGCUUCAUGAGAACGUGGACCACGGAGAGAUCCUCCACAACCAUGAUGGAUCCUUCCAGAUGAGCAGUGACCUGAACGUUUCAUCAGUCCCACCUGAAGACUGGAGGAGGUACGACUGUGUGUUUCAGCUCUCUGGUGUGAAGGAGAACAUCGUCACCAAACUGGACAAAGCAGUGAUCAGGACCAACGGAGAAAAGCCCAGUGACAUGACUGUUCCCAUCAUUGCUGCAGUUGUUGUUCUUGCUCUUGUACUCAUCGCUGUCAUUGGAUUUGUGAUGUACAAAAGAAAGAAAGCCAAGUCCCCUCAACACAAGUCAAAGAUUUCUUCUUCAAGCGUCUCUUCUACAGAAAGUAGAAACAGCGACACACCAUUAAUCAAAGACAUGAAGACUUCCUCUGACACUUCUCCUACAGGGUCUUGGAUCAGCCAAUCAGAGUCAGAGACUUCUUCUUCAAGUGGCUCUUCUACAGAAAGUCUAAACAGCGACACACCAUUAAUCAAAGACAUAUUGGAGUGACAGUGUGAAGAGGAGGAUGAACUCCACUCCAUAAGACAUUGGCAACACUGAAGUUUAUUGUCUGCAGUUUCUUCACAAUCUGUUAUCCAGAUACAAACAAAUGUGUCACCUCACCACCAAAAUGGUUUGCAGAAUACUCAUACUUAUAUGGUCAAAAAGUCACAGAGCAUUGAGGCUUUAAAGCUGCCAGGGUUCUCACUCGCACUAAACCUUGGCAGCACAUCACCCCCACUCUCUAACAACUGCACUGACUUCCUGUUAAGCUCCGGAUCACCUUCAAACUUCUCCUGCUCACCUACAAAUCUCUGCACACCCUUGCCCCUCAGUAUUUAACAGACCUCCUUCAUGUUCACCACCCAUCCCAGAACCUGCAAUCUGUGGACUUGGGCCUCCUUUCAAUUGCUCGUACUAGAAGGCAAACCUUUGGAAGCAGGGCCUUCAGUGUGGCAGCACCCACCCUCUGGAUGUGAUUUUGUGGUUGUCUGUGUGAUUUUGUGGUUGUUUGCAAUUGUGAAGCGACCUUGGGUUUCUUGAAAGGCGCAAUAUAAAAUUGAUUUAUUAUUAUUAUUAUUAUUAUUAUUAUUAUUAAAGCUGCAUUAAUCAGUAUUUGUUUAUAAGAUAAGAUGCCUUUAUUAUCAUUAUAUACAAUAAAGGCAUCUUAUCUUAUACACAAAUACUGAAUAAUGAAUAAUCAUUAAAGGGAUAGUGCACCCAAAAAUGAAAAUUCAGCCAUUAUCUACUCACCCAUAUGCCGAGGGAGGCUCAGGUGAAGUUUUAGAGUCCUCACAACACUUGCGGAGAUCCCAGGGGAGAGGGGGUAGCAAUACAACUCCACCUAAUGGAGGCUUAUGGCACCCCAGAUUCAAACGUCCAAAAACACAUAAUUGAAACCACAAAAUAUCUCCAUACUGCUCGUCCAUAGUGAUCCAAGUGUCCUGAAGCCCCGACAUAAAAAGUUGUUUGGAAAAAUGUAAUUUAAACUCUGUUUUUAGCCUCAUUGUAGCCUGCAGCUCUAACUGCCUCUCUGUGCACUGCGUUCAUGUGUGUGCACUUGCGCGAGACCGCGAGACAUGGGCACCGUGUUCAUGUGUGUUCACGUGCUUUCGCUUGCACGUGAGACCAGCGAAAGUGCAAACUACAAUUGUUGCCAGCACUGGUUUAUGGAUGAAUUCUGCACUGGGACAAGGAGCCGUGCUACCACAUUUAAAAUACACAAAGAAGUUAUAGUUUCAAUUUAAGAAGUGACAUUUCUAAUAAAAUAUUUGUUAAAACAUUGGUAAAACAAACAAGGACAAUUAUUUUUGGAAAGAAGUAAAACAUGAUAUUCAAAACAAUGAAAGGAUCGCAGCACUCAUACAUACAUACAUACAUACAUCUUAAAGAAAAAACAACAACAUAGUUACAGUUUGAUGCUUCUGCUGUUGGGGAUUUCUGGUCAUGGUUAAAUCAAUAUUGUUAAUGCAAAUGUAUACACAUUAUAUGUACUCAUGUAGGGUCUUGUGAUAUGAUGAUAAAAUAUAUUUUUCAACCAGUUAAGAUUUCUCUUUACUAUUUAUACUGAGCAAGCCAUUAUUUGGCUCUCUGGUUGUAUUAGAUCACUGAAGGCAAUACUGCAAAUUGAUCAGCAACAGUAGAAACAUGCUACAUAAACACUCUAAAUUCCCCUUAGGUGUCAGUGUGAAAGAUCAUCUAUCUGUGUUACUGCUGCUGAUAAACUAUACUCUACCUCUCGGCCAUUGUACACUGGAAUUGACUUCAGUCCCCCACAACUCUGAACAGGAUGAACCAGAUAGGAAAUGUAUAGUUGGAGUUUUGUAUCACUGUGGUGAAUCAUAUAUAUCACAACAUGAAAUUACACAAACAGUAAUAGAUUUAAUCAGUGUUGUCCACCCUUAUGGACACACUUACACAAAUUAUAAGCAUCAAUACCACAAUUAUUUUUCAGUUGUGUAAAUAGUUUGUAUAUUUCUUUAAAAGUGCUUAAAUUUAAAGAUUUUGUUUUGAUUUCACUUAAGCAGAAACAAAUCUGAGGUUCUUAAUUAAUCUGGAGUAUGUUGUUGUUUUUUUGUUUCAUUAUAUCUAUCUUUUGAUCUGUUUUAAGCUUCUCAGCACACUGAUAGAAAUGUUCUUGAAAAUAUUUGCUACUAUUAUUUGGGGACAAGGGAUGUUUUCUCUCUUAGUUUUGUAACCAUAAAGAAAUUGAACAGCGAUGCUCCAAAUCACUUAUUGUGUUGGUUAAGUCGGUGAUUGUCAAAUGAUGUUGCCCUGCUUUUUGUACUUUUGAUUUGCUUUUCAAUAAAGUGUCUAAAAUUCCA